GGAACAUUUUAAUCGCAUAUGCAACAUGUCGCGAUCGUCUUGAUUAGAUUAGAGAGAAUGCUCUUUUACAAUUACUCCGUUUAACAAUUUAUCUUAUCUUACUGGCAACAAUUGCAAAUUAUUGUGUCUUUAUUGUUUUUUUUUUUGUGUUAUGCUGUUCGUUGACAUGAGACCGCGAAAUAUCGUGAAAAUAAAACUAAGUGCGGUGAUGAAAAGCUGGACAUAACCCUGUAACAAUGAGAUGGAUGCCCUAUUUCUAAGUCCAAAUACAUACAUUCUCUUUAUCGUAAUCAAGGCUGUAUUAUAAUACGAGAGAGGGAUAGUGAGAAAGAGAGAGAGAGAGAGAGAGAGAGAGAGAGAGAGAGAGAGAGAGAGAGAGAAAGUAAACGUGCGCGGUGUUUUUCGAAUUAUUUCGAAACUGUGAUCAAUAUGGGAUUGCUAUUCGCCAAGUUGUGGAGUCUUUUUGGUAACGAAGAGCAUAAAAUAGUUAUGGUUGGAUUGGACAAUGCUGGUAAAACAACCAUAUUGUAUCAAUUCCUGAUGAACGAAGUUGUUCAUACAUCACCUACUAUUGGCUCAAACGUAGAAGAAGUAGUAUGGAAGAAUAUUCAUUUUAUAAUGUGGGAUUUAGGAGGACAGCAGAGCUUAAGGGCAGCUUGGUCCACUUAUUACACAAAUACAGAAUUUAUAAUAAUGGUUAUAGAUAGUACUGAUAGAGAGAGACUCGGUGUAAUAAGAGAAGAAUUAUAUUCUAUGUUAAAUCACGAGGAACUUAGCAAAGCUAAUGUUUUAGUUUAUGCUAAUAAGCAGGACUUGAAGGGUAGCAUGACAGCUGCUGAAAUUUCAAGACAACUAGAUUUAACGUCCAUCAAAAAACAUCAAUGGCACAUACAAAGCUGUUGCGCUCUCACGGGAGAAGGACUCUACCAAGGACUGGAAUGGAUCGUUGGACGUCUUAAGAAGACAUGACGUACAUUAUGAGAGUUUGUCAUAAAUUCAACAAAAUAAUUAAACUGUAUAAUAUGUGAUUAGCGCGAGUUAGCACGAUUGCUACUUUGAUGGUCGUACAUAAUGCAAAAAUAAUUCUUUCACGUUUGAAAAUCUUUACGUUACUUUGUAUAGUACGACGAUCAAAGUAUAACUACAUAUACGGAGACAAUUACUAUAGCAAAUGUUUAAUGUAUUUGAGAGUGGACGGGCAACAAAUUUAUUUUCAUUUUCGAUGAAAUAAUAAUACACGCGCGAAAUGUAAUUGUAAAGAAAAAAUUAAUUAACAAUAAGCAUUAAAGUCCAAGUUAAAGAAAAAGUUGAAGGCUAAAAGAUUGUUGUUAAAUAGAAAAUAUAAUUUCCCUGUAUUAUAUAAAGUUAGAUUAAUUUGAUUAUUUCUUAUUAAUAUGUUGAAUACGCGUUGUUUUUACCUUUAAGUAACAUGCAUUUUCAAAAGUGAUAACUGCCAAGUUUUAUUUCUCGUUCGCACAUCUUUCAUAUGUCAUUUAAUUUUGCAAGUAUUAUCUGAUAAAGGAUCGGUUAUUGUAAGAAAAAGAAAUGAAUUCUUGAAAAUAGUCGGACCCGUUCACUUGUGCUUAUAAUAAACGCCGAAGCCGUAAAAAGUACUUGUUUACGUACCAAAAGAGUACGUCGAUUUGGCUUCUUAUGCAAAAGUAAAAGGUACAUCUCUGUACAUAGUUUUUAUACACUUUAUUAACAAUAAGCGACUGUAAAAAAGAAAAAAAAAGGACAAAAAAAAGAAAGAUAAAAAGAAAAGACAAAAGUAAGAUCAGCAGAUAUAGUUCUAAUCUAUAGAAUAUUUUUAACAUUUACGUAAGAGAAUUUAAGAAGAUUUCUUAGCGGCCGAAUCGUAUAAACAUCUGUAAGACUUCAUAACAAGGAUACACAAGAGACAACCGAGCAUUAGCAAAUAGAAUGCGAAUUGUUUUGUGAUAAGUACAUCGAUUUAAUAUCGGGACGAGGAGUUGUUUGCUGGAAAAAUCCAAAUGACAAAUAAUCUUAAUUAAAUGAAUACACCUUGUGUAACAAUACAAAUUCAUUUGUGUGUAGUGUUAUAACGAAAACAAAAAUUUUAUUUAUUAAUUAAUUAAAAAUAUAUUGAUUUUUUUUAAUGUGUUUAACCACAAUAGCUGUGAUAUAAUAAAUUGCAUGCAGCUAGGAAUAUUCCACUUAAACAAUAUUCAGUUAAAAUGUUAACAAUAUUGAGUAUCUAAUUAUGUCGCGAGCGUCGAUUAAAUUUUAAUUGAUAAUACUUAGAACAUCAUUGUAUAAGAUAAAUGCCGUCUAAAGUGAAGAGUGAGAUUCUUACAUAUAAAAUAACGAAAGGUUAAUUUUCUCAUAUUGAGAAAUGACUCUUAAAAAUAACAAACUAUCGUGUAUAUGUAUAACUAUUGCAGUUAUAUAUAUGUAGAAACACACGUGAUUUUUUCUCGAAUCGGAAUUUUGUCGAAUGUUUCAAUAAUAGAAUUAAUGGAAACGUGGUUACUACAAAUAAUAUAACGAGUCGAAUUUUUUUAUCGCCGAUCUUUUGGUUAUUCUCUUACUCGAAUUAAUUAAAAAUAAAUUAAAAAGAAAAUUCUACAGAAUACACACAAAAACAUAUUAUGUCUAGUUUGGGUAAAAAAAAAGCUAGUGAAACGACCCUGCGAUUUGUUUAAAAUUAAAAAUUUUUUAAUUUUUAAAUCUCUUCUGUGUCUGUCUUUUUUUGUUUUUAAAUUUCGAUAUUUUCCACAAGUAAUGAUCGAUUUUUAUUUAGACAAUAAUACUGCUUUUGAUAAAUAUUCAACAUAAAAAUCGACGAUCUGUAUGGUAAAAAAAAUACGUGUGAUUUAAAUUUAUAAUAAUAUCUGUACAUUAAAGUACAUAUUAAUUAGAGAUAAUAAGGAAGGUUUAAAUGGAUAAUUCAUUCUUUUACAUUGUGACGUUCUACACAGUGAUGUUAAUAUAAAUAGUAAAUAGUGAAUAAAAUGUAUUUUAAA